AUGGGUGUUCUUACACAUCUCGACCAGUUGAAAGAUUAUACGAAACUCAAUGAAACCGAAGAGCGUCUGCAGGAUCUUUUCCGGACUGAAAUAUAUCAAGGAGCAAUAACAUACAAUAUAUCUGGUCUUCAGGAUGACCUACUAGUGAUGAUGUCUGCCCUUACUUUAAAUCUGACAAAGACACUAUCUGAGUUGCUUAUCCACUCUAUGGUUAUAUCAGCUGCACAUCCUUUUGUGCUGGUAGACUGUUUUGAAGAUGUUACACCUCCCGAAAAAGUGCUCAGGGAGGCAAAUUGCGGUAGAAACAUAAGCCUGUAUGGUUACCUCCGAGGUUGUGAUAUCAAGAGCGGCGCUAAGGUGCAUAUUGCUGGUCUUGAUGAUUUUCAUUUGGCUGGUGUUAGAAGCACAAUUGAUCCUUUUCCUUUAUCAGAGGAAAAUAAUUUUGUUAUGCUAACCCCCAUGGAGAAUGAGACUUUCAGAACAGGGACCUAUCUAAGGUUGGAGGUUCAUGACGUUCCCUUCAGGAUGGUUGCAAAUUUUUAUUCUUGUCAUCCAAUUCUUGUUGGAGGUAUCAGUCCUGAGGACAAAGAUGUUGGUUAUAUGCAGGCGAUGCUUAAGCGGCAUAACUGGCAUAUGAAACUGUUGAUGUCAGCAGAGCCAGUCACCAUGUCAGCUGGUUGGAGACGUUACGGGACAAAACCUAUUUAUGCCAGGCAAAUCGACAACGCACGGCAUCAGAUUCGCGACUUCAUUCCCGAACGUGAGCACUGUCUUGCGAUGUUUUGGGGCCCUCUUGCACCUGCCCAUACUAGAAUUACUGUUGUGCAUAAAACUAAGGAAGUGUUUCGGAUAGCAGCAAAGGCAGUUGUUCUUGACCCUAAGCAUCACUUUAAGAUUAUGAAGGACAGCAAGCGGAAAGGAAAACCUGAAAAAAUCCUUAAAGACAGGAGGUCUGCUCUUAUCAAGUUUGAACCAGAAGAUUUUGAAGAUGUUGCUGCAUUUAAAGGUGCAUCUAUUCGGACUGACAGUGGAAUUUGGGGGAAGGUCAUUAAGGCGAAAAAAAAGAAAGGGGGUUGCUAAAUGCGAAUUUGAGAAGACUAUUCGUGAGAGUGAUAUUUUUAUCAUGCCUGUGUUGUGCCAAGCUGUGGCUCCUCGCUUGUUCAACAGGAUUGUUCCUGCUAACAAGGGUUCACUCAAAAAAAAAGACCCUGCUCAAAGGCGGCUUGAACUUGAACAACGACGUCGUGUGGAGAUCACUGAUGAUGAGCCUUAUUCCUAUCCAUUUUCAACUACUUUUACGUUGAUUCUUAACAUUGAGUAUUUGUGUAACAAAGGAAAGAAAACUGUGGUGGUCAUGUCGGAGGAAAAGCGAAAAGAAUUGGUCAAAAAGCAACAGGAUGAGGAGGAGUCCAAGAAACUAAGUCUGUUUCUUGCUGAAGAUGAUAUGUGGGAUUACAGUUAAACUUUGGAAUGGUCUCAAGUUCAAGAGAAAAACAUUUUAACAAAUAAUGUAUUUUACUGUAAGCAAAAAAUCUGUAAAUGUUAGGGAGGUACAAGCAUAGAUGUCCAAUAAGUUGAUGUUAUUUUGCUAAUAAUUUAUUAGAAACUUUGGGCGGCUUA